AUGCACACGGUAUGGUCACGUGCCAAUGCAGUUUUUGCAUUUAUGCUAUCGGUGCUUUCGGCGAUGACAUUCUGUGUCUUCCUGUCCACCGUAUGGUUACCAAAUUCAGCUCCUUCUACCCUAUCGGCAUCAAAUGUUCGAGUAAAAAGUUUUGCGGAUUACACAAUGUCGGAUGGUUCACGGAGCGAUGUUGCAAUGGCCGAUCUCAGUGUAGAAGUUGACUUAACACCGAUUUUUAACUGGAAUGUUAAGCAGCUAUUCUUGUACUUGGUGGCUGAAUAUUCAACAUCAACAUCACCCGUUGUACUUUGGGACAAAAUUGUAAGGCGUGAUGAAUGGACACAUGUGCACGAGGAGAGUAUCACCCCGAAAUAUUACUUCACCGACGAUGGUACCAAUCUAUUGGGCCACAAGAAUGUUACACUGGUACUGAGGUGGAAUGUGAUACCGAACGCGGGCUACUUGGCACUGGCCCAGGGUGAAGGCCAGUACAAACUCGAAAUUCCAACCGAAUAUUAUACUGGCCGAUUUUAG